GAAUGCAUUUGUAGAUGAUGAAAUCAACAAGGAAACUGGCGAUUCUCAAUAUGAUAUUAGGAAAGACAAAACAAAAAAAAAUGAUGAUGAUGAUAAGGUAAAAACAUUAAGCUUAUUGAAAACACCAAUACAUGUGGCUGUUGCAAUUGAACAAAAACUUGUCACAGAUAAGUCAACUGAAGAUGAAUCAAGUUUUAUAUCACAAUUAUUUAAUGAUAAUUACAUAGAAAAUCUAUCUGGUUUUAUGAGCAGGUUCCCAUAUGACAUAAUUAUACUGAUCUUCAGAUAUUUUGAACCAAAAGUUCUUCUAUGCAAGUUGCAAUUGGUUUCUAAAAAAUGGAGAGAAAUAAUUAUUAAUUCAGAUUGCUUAUGGAUAAAUUUUUUAUCAGAAGAUGGUGUUGAUCUAAACAAUAUACAUAGAAAUUUAUCUAUUUCACCUUCAUCAAAUCAUUUAUAUAGUGAUAUAUAUCACAAAUAUUGUAUCUUGAAAAAAAACUGGAUUUGUGGUAAUUACAAAGAAACCUCCAUAAAAGGCAAAUUCGAUAAUUAUCCUCUGGGUCUUCAAAUGGAUGGAGAAAAAAUAAUCAUAAAUUCUGCUUUUAAUGAUAUAAAUAUUUAUGAAAUUGCAACAGGAAGAUUAAUUAAAACACUUGGUCUUAGUAAAACAAUUAAUUCAUUACAAUUUAUUGACAACACAUUGGUUUCUAAUUGUGUUGAUGACCAAAUGAUUCGUGUAUGGGAUAUAUUGGAGGGUAUUUGUACUCAUAUAUUCAUAGCUCAUACAAAGCCAAUUAGCUGCUUCCAAAUAGUGACACCACAAAAUAUAAAUCCAGAUCCACAAGGACCUCCUAUUAUAGAACCAGAUGCUACUUUACUUGUCACAGGUUCACAAGACACAACAUUGAAAGUAUGGCGUUUACCUAACCCUGUGAUUGAUCCUCCACAUGUGCUUGGCAUUGAUAAUAAUAAUCCAUUUUACCUCCAUACUCUUCAAGGUCACCAAGGCUCAAUUUGUGUUUUGGCAGCAUCAGGGAAUAAUUUAGUUAGUAGCAGUCAUGAUUACAGCAUUAGAGCCUGGAAUAUAGUAACUGGUGAAAAUAUUUGGUGUGCACAAGGACAUACAGAAGAAGUUUAUUCCAUUGUAUUAGACAUUAGGAGGAAAAUAUGUAUCAGUAGAAGUGUGGAUGGAAUCAUAAAAUCUUGGAAUCUUGAAGAUGGCACCAAUAUCUGGACAUCAGGAGGAUCUUUGUGCCUUGAUCCUCAUAUUAUUAAACUUUAUCCCUUGAGUCUUUCCAAUGAUAAUCUUCUUUCAAUUUUUUCAAUUAGUGGACUUGACAUAUUGGACCUUAAGAAUGGAUCUUCUUCUAGACAUGUGUUACCAACAGAUGAUACUAUAAGUAUGGGUCCAAUAAGAUCCUUCCAUAUUGACUCAUGGAAAAUCUUAUUGGGGUCAAAUAUAUUACAAAUGUGUGAUAUAGGAUCACUGAAGAAGAUAAAUAAUUUAAGUGCAGGAACAUUUGGGAUAUGGUAUUAUUGUCAAUUAUAA